AUGUCUGAUGCUGAAGAAGUAAAGAUCUCAAUGAAAGUGAUGAUAAAUAAGGAGAAAACUGAGGUGCUAUUUGCCGAAUGCAAUGGAGAUUUUGUAGAUAUUUUGUUAAGCUUUUUGACAUUGCCAUUAGGAAGAAUCGUGAAUGUUUUGGAGAAACACUAUGGAGCAAAAGAGACACCUGUUAUAGGAUGCAUAAACAAUCUAUACAACACCAUUGCGAAUCUUGAUAGAUCCCAUUUUUGGACAAAGGGUACCAAGAAUAUUCUGCUUAAUCCAACUUCAUCAUUCGACGAGGACUGUGGAGGACUAAAGCUUAAUAUUAGUGAUUACCAGCCAGAGUAUUUAUUGUGUAUGAGAUGCUCUAAACUUAGAUUCAUCAGCGUAAGCGCCAAUCAAUAUGCUUUUUGCAAAUGUGGAAUUGUUAUAAAAACAUAUGAUCAUAAACCGAAGCUAUCUCAAGCUGAUCGUAGCAGUGGAGUAUUUGCCAUAAAUACAACAACUUUCAUCGUAACCGAUGAUUUGCAGAUAGUGCCCGAUGAAAAAGGGGUUGUGCAAACAGUUAGCCUUCUUAACAUCGCAGGAACAAAAGGUGCGGAGUUAGUGGAUGUGACUUUUGGGCUCAAUGAGAUCAUGAAUUUGCUCAGGGCAUCGAUGAUUUCUGAGACACCGUUGUCAGAUGUCUUACUGAGUACAACAAGACAUAUGAGAGAAUCCGAGUUUGAGACUACAUUAACUCGCAUUGAAAAGGAAGAAAAUCCAGGCUCCAAGAAGAUGAUAUUGAAGGUCACGUUACAAAAAUCGACAAAUAGGGUCUUGUUUGCUCAAGCAACGAAAGAAUUCAUCGAAUUCCUAUUUAGUUUGCUCGUCAUCCCACUUGGAGGAGUGGAGUGGCUUCUGGCAAGCAAGUCUUCUAUCAAAAGUAUUGACAACUUGUACAAGAGCAUCUCCAAUUUCAUAGAUGACAAGCAUUUCAAGUCUCCGGAGGCUAAAAACAGGCUGAUCAAACCCAAGAUACCUCAUGUUUAUAUAUCCAAAAACCAUAUUCUACCUCUCGAUGAGGAAAUCUUACCUUAUCACUAUCAAGACGGCUCUAUGUUUUCUCGUAUUGCUUUUCCUCAAGGCCACGGAAAUUAUAUCAUUGGAUCAAGAACAUAUCAGGUGAUGGAUGAUUUAACUGUGAUGCCUUUCUGCAUUUCCUCAAUCCUUUGCAGUCUCAAUGAGCAGAUGAUUUCAUUAGCUGAUUUGAAGGAAGUGGAGAUAGAAAUUGGCUUGGAAGAGGCUUUAAGCAUAUUGAAAGCUUCUCUAACAUCGAAUUCUGCUUUGACCAAUGGUCUACUUAAUCGAAUAUCAAGUAAACAACCAAUUUGGAUUCCCUGCUCCGCUCUCACGGAGAUGGCGCUUCUUCUUCUAAAGAUAAUUUUCCUUUUCUUGUCGGUUUCUGAUUUUAAGCCUUUAAGAGAAAGAGAAGAGAAAUGUAGUGGAAAGAGAAGAUCAACUACACAGAAAGUUCUGAUUCGGAAGAUGAUGAAGUGGCGCAGAGUGAUGUUUCAGCCAAGUGAUUCUGAUGGUGUCCCGAAGAGGAGGAAAACUGAGUCCUAUGCAAAAAGGGGAAGCCGGAGUAGUAAAAAAGCUGAGGAGGAAGAGAGUGAGGAUGCAGAUACUGAGAUUAUGGCAGGAAUUUUAGUUGACUUUGCUGGUGACAUAGCUGAGGAAUCUGGUUGGAAACAGAAGAUGACUUGA